AUGAAAUCGUGUGUCGUCAAUCUAUUUAAAUUUGUCAACCAAACCACCCGAGUUGGCUUAGCAAAAAUGGCUACAUAUUUAGAUAGGUCAAUCGACAACUAUUUAUAUUCUUCCUACAACCCUUACUCUGGCAGGUAUCCAAAACCAAAAGGUGUGGGCUGGAGAAACAAAAACGAUUUGGCCAACUAUGCCGACACAGAGGCGUACAUUGAUAACCACCAUCGCGCGCAAUUUAAAUUCCUCUUAUCCCAAAUAAACCCCAAUCUUACACCGAGGCUACGGAAAGCAAACACCAAAGACGUCGCGGUGCAGGUCAAUCCGAAGAAGGAUGUUUCUGUGCAGUGUUCCCUCGGCCCACGGACCCUCAUAGCCAGAAAGCGAGACACUUUGCGCAAGAGAAGACAAGAGGAGACCCAGACACCCGGUAGUCCAGGGAGCUCUGUGGGAGGCGUGCGUUACCCUCGCACUCUGGCAGUCUACUCCCCUAUCGCGUCUAGGAGACUUGCAUCCUUUCUAGAAUAUGACAAAGUUGAGUCGAGACAAGCACAGACCGGUGACCCACCUGAAACCGUUAAGAUUGGGAAAAAGGAUGAAGGUGAGAAGUCUGAGGACAAAACAGAAAAGGCAAAAGACGAAAAUACUUGGCCACAUACAAAAGCUAGUAAUACUGACCAAUCAGUUAUGACCGAGGGCGUCAAAGCCAAUCAGGAUGGUUCGGAAGUCAAGGCCCGCGUGAGGUUUCAGUUUUUGGAGCAGAAGUAUGGGUACUAUCACUGCAGAGACUGUAACCUGCGUUGGGAGAGUGCAUAUGUUUGGUGCGUCCAUGGAACGAGCAAGGUCUACUUCAAGCAGUUCUGUAGAACAUGCCAGAAGUCCUUCAACCCCUACCGUGUUGAGGACAUAACCUGUCAGACUUGCAACAAGGCGCGCUGCAUGUGCCAAGUGACCCCACGCCACGUUGACCCCAAACGCCCCCACAGACAGGAUCUGUGUGGCAGGUGCAAGGGCAAGAGGCUUUCCUGUGACCUCACCUUCAGUUUCAAAUACAUAAUCUAGCAGGAACCUGCACAUUAACCCCUCCCCUCCCCAUCACAGCCAACUUAAGUCCUGCAGGAAGUCCUUCGGCGCAGAGAAGCUCUCAUGCACAUUUAAUGAGGCUCUGGGAUGUGGGCUAAUACUUGAGAUUUUUAUUUUCUGUUGCCUUUAUUUGAGUUACGAAGGAGAUUGCACGAAAACACUACUUGAUGUUAAAUAAAAUGGCAAUACCCAGCAGUCUACAUUCUCUGGCAUUCUCUCUCACCAAAUGUCUAGGAUAACUGAUUUGAAAUAUUGACUACAUACUCAAAUCAAAUUGUCACAUGCUUUGUAAACUGGUGUAGACAAAGUGAAAGGCUUACAGGCCCUUCCCAGCAGUGCAAAGGAAAGAAACAAAGUAACUUUGCUAUUGAUGUGCAGGGGAACAAGGUAAUUGAUUAAGAAGCACUGCAUGAAUGUGGACACCUGCUCAUUUUAAAAUCAUGGGUGGUGAUGUACUGCACCUUACGGUCAGUUGCCAUACCAAGUAAUUGUGCAGCCAGUCAAGAUGUUCAAUGGUAAAGCUGUAGACUUGAGGGCCCAUGCCCAAACUUCUCAGCCUCCCGAAGGGAUAAAGGCAUUGUGGACCGUGAACUUGACACUUUCCUGUAGUCCACGAUCAGCUCCUUUGAGUUUGUCCUGGCAUGCGGGGACUAAGCACACCGGAUGCAUUUCCUAACCUCACCACCGGGGAGGGCCUGUCAGGAGAUUCAGUCCCAGGGUCCUGAGCUUAGAGAGCUGUAGUCAACAGCAUAUGUGUUCCUUGGGUCCAGGGUGUCUGUGUUGAGCCAUGAUCAGCCUUUUAAAGCAUUUCAUGGCU